UUCUGUGGUCUCGGCUCGCUCAGCCUCAGCAGGAGAGAAUGGAGAUCAGAUUAGAUUGACACUCUCUGGAUUUGGACUCCGGCUGUCUCAGCAGCUGCUUUGCUGAAUAAUUGAUCCUUUGGCUUGUGACUGGUUGAAAAUGAGGAAGGCAGCGCUGAUGGUUUGGAUCAGCCUUUUUUUGCAAGUAUCCCAUGCUGCCCAGGGUCAUUAUGCCCACAAACUUCUGAAUGAUCUGAUGGAGGACUACUCCAAUGCUCUGAGACCCGUCGAGGACACAGACGAUGCUUUGAAUGUCUCCCUGCAGAUCACACUGUCACAGAUCAAAGAUAUGGAUGAGAGGAACCAGGUGCUAACCACGUACCUGUGGAUCAGGCUUGUAUGGUAUGAUGCCUACCUGAAGUGGAACAAGGAAGACUAUGAUGACUUAGAGAUGAUCAACAUCCCCAGUGACCUGGUUUGGAAACCUGACAUCGUCCUCUACAACAAAGCAGAUGAGGAGUCGUCAGGUGCAUCCAACACAAACGUGAAGCUGCGUUACAAUGGGGAGAUCGUUUGGGACUCUCCGGCCAUCACAAAGAGCUCCUGUGUGGUGGAUGUCUCCUACUUCCCCUUCGACUGGCAGCAGUGCAACCUCACCUUCGGCUCUUGGACCUACAAUGGAAACCAGGUGGACAUCAACUUGGGAAUGGACAGUGGCGACCUGUCUGACUUUGUGGAGAAUGUGGAGUGGGAGUGCCAUGGCAUGCCAGCUGUUAAAAAAGUCAUGAUGUAUGGCUGCUGUUCUGAUCCUUAUACUGAAAUCACCUAUACCCUGCUGCUGAAGCGCCGCUCCUCUUUCUACAUCUUCAAUCUGCUCGUGCCUUGCUUCCUCAUCUCCUUCCUGGCACCACUGGGUUUCUACUUACCGGCUGACUCCGGGGAGAAGGUUUCCCUGGGGGUCACAGUGCUGCUUGCACUCACUGUGUUCCAGUUGUUGGUGGCUGAGAGCAUGCCUCCUGCAGAAAACAUGCCUUAUAUAGGAAAGUACUACAUCGCCACCAUGACUAUGAUCACAGCCUCCACUUCUCUAACAAUUUUCAUCAUGAACAUUCAUUUCUGUGGAGCUGAGGCCAAACCAGUCCCUCACUGGGCUAAAGUGCUCAUCAUAGACUACAUGUCCAAAAUCUGCUUCGUCUACGAGGUGGGGGAGAACUGCACCACACCAGAGAGCGAGAGGACCCCACUGUACCCAGAGGAACCCUUGAGUGACAGGAGCUGCUACCCUGAUGACUGUUACAACAACGGCCUCUACUUUCAGGACAAUGAACAGUACAAGUACAGCAAUGGCCACGCCUUGCAUCAUCACAACAAACAUCACAAAAACCAGGCAAACGGCAAUGCCAGUAACAGCAGGCAUCACCACUACAAUAACCAUAACAACCACUCCUCCAGACUGGAGAGGGGUGAGGUAAGGCGAGAGCCAACAAAGCGUUACCAUCACAUAAAGCGGGACGAACUGGACUACCAGGCCCCUCCUCAUCCACGAAACCUCCAACACCUGAAUGGAGGGCUGAAGGAGCAGCUCCUCUAUUCCUCAGACAAACUUCAGAUCCCAGCUUGCCCCUGCAGCUGCCCCUGCCUCCAACAUAAUCAGGUGGUGAAGAACAUCCAGUACAUCGCAAACUGCUUCCGUGAGCAGAGAGCUACUUGUGUCAAGGCAGCAGAGUGGAAGAAAAUUGCCAAGGUGAUGGAUAGAUUUUUCAUGUGGAUCUUUUUCGGCAUGGUCUUCCUCAUGAGCAUCCUCAUCAUCGCCAAGGCAUCCUGACAGCCUCCUCAUCAUCUAUUUACCAUCUUGAUAUCAUUACUGGACUUUUGUGUUACUCAAGAGUCACCUCAUUUCUACUUUGAUGCAAAAGUCAGAGAAUCAAAAACUGAAAGCGUGUUUCAUGUGUCACUAUUGUGCUGUGUGUGUGUGUGUGUGUGUGUGUGUGUUUGUGUAUGUACAUCAUUGCAUUUUGCUUUGGCAUAAAGAGGACAAGGUCACUGCACACAAAUCAUCCAUUUAAACACUCACAGAGAAAAGCCUCUGAGUUGGUUAAUGUCAGGUGUGCUUGCAUGUGUGACUGAGCAGCUGAGCGGUAAGACAAUCUAGGCCUCGCCUUGAACAUGCAUGGACUCUCCAUUAUUGAUGAGCUAACAGCCAGACAUCCAGCUAUAGGCAUUACAUUACUUACAUUACAUCUUAAGCAGCCAGAUGAUGCUUUUUCCAGAGUCAAUAACAACAAGAGCACCAGCACAGUAACCUCGAAUAUUAAUGGAAGGACAUUAUUUUGUGAUGAAAAAGAGGCCAAAGGUCAGUUUGCAGGCUCUAAUGAAUAGUGAAUCACACAUCCUUAUAUGCAUCAUUCAUGGUGAAGAAAUGCAAAGCGAGUUCAUUAAAGCAAGGCAGAAAUUCCAAAGUGCUUUUUUUCCAUGUCUAAGAUGUACUGGUUUACAUAAGCUAUGAAUACUUGAAUGUGUGAAUUGGAGUGCAAGGAUGAAUGUUUAUGUCCUUACAAAGAUCCCUUACUUUUUAUUGUAAUGUUUAGACCUUAAACCCUACCUCCUGAGUAUGAAGGGUGGAUGCACUGUAGCUAAAACUAACACUUUGUUUAUUGUUAAAAUAAACAACAAAAUAAACCUUUGAUAUAUUGUUAUAAGAUAUGCUCUACAAGAGUUAACGUAUACUGUAUGUUUUAAAUAUCAACUGAUCUCAUUUCCUCUAUUAUGUAUUGAAACAGU